CGGAAAUACGUCAUUGCACAAAGGAAAAUGGUAAUUUGUGUUUUUCUGCACUGCUGACGAAUCCACACGAACCACUGCCAGCCGUCAGAAUUAUUAGCAAGUAUCCUGCUUUCUGGUUCGUAUUUUACCCACUGUCUUGCUUCUGUGAGGCAGUAUGGGUCGCAGUUAUAUAGUAGAAGAUGCUGUGGAGGGAUAUCUGUCCGAACUGUGUGAACAGCGAGCAGGUUCGGUCACAGGCCUGCUGCUUGGACAGAGCUCACCCCAAAGGGAUUUUGUUGUCACAGCAACGCGGACGCCUCCAACGGAGGAGACUUUGGCAGGAAACUCUGUGGACAAGGAGUGGGUGACCGAGCAUGCUCGACAGGUGUCUCGGAUGCUACCCGGAGGCCUCUCUGUACUCGGAGUAUUCAUCAUCACUGAUACUGAGGCAAAGGACACACUAACUACACUCCGACAGUUGGUUUUCGCUGUGGAGAACCUGAUCUCCUCGGAGACGCUGUGGAGCCCUGCAGAAGAUGACGUCACAGACUGUGUCGCACUGCACGUCAACCGCAAGACUAGGAAAACCUUCUGCAGAACCUUUGACGUCAAAGAUCCCAAGAGCACGGCCAAGCCUGCAGACUGGAAGUACCAGUCCGGUGUGUGUUCCUCCUGGGGCAUGGUGUCCUGCUGUCUACUUGUGGACAUGUUGGUGCCGCUGCCAGACAAGAGGACGGAUCCAGAAUACAUGGAUAAAUGUCUGAAGGAGGAGCUGAGAGGGUGGGCACAGCAGGUGGAGAGUGGAGUAUGUCUGAUCGAUGGGAAGAAGCUGGCAGAGGACGCAGAGUUCCCAGGAGGACAGAAGAGGAACGUGAGACAGACGUACACAGCUCAGAUACUCAUCACACCGAGGCCCCUGGUUUUGUUGUGUCAGAGGGAGCAGAGGUUAGCGGAGGUGGAGCGGCGGUGUGGAGGCAGCGUGUCCCUCACAGGAGCCGUCCACAGCAGAGCUUAUCUGCAUAGCAACAAACCAAAGGCCAGACUGGCAGAAAAGCUGCUGAAGAGGGACGCGGUUUCUACGGUGGCUACACGGGUUCAGAUGCUGCUGGAAGAACUGCUGACGUCUGAAGAGGAGAACAAGAGCAGCGGCAAACACAAGCGAGAGCACUGUCUCCCUCAUCGUGUCUUCUGUCCGCUGAAAGCGAGCAGGCCCCUGUGUGUGUGUGACUACCAGUUCAGUGACGAGAGUGUGUGUGAGGUGACGGAGCGGCUGAAAGAGAUGCUGGACAUCGAUGCAGACGAGGGAGACUUGGAUACCAGACAGGAAUCGCCGGCGGAAAACACUGAGCGGGAGAUCGCAGCAGAGCCCACUAUGGAGACAGUUGUAGCACCUGAGCCAAAGAGGAACACCUUUAUUGGUAAAACACUGUGUACACCCUCAGGGUUACAUUCACUCAUAACAUCACCAGCAAUACUAAGACUGGUCACGAUGCAGGCAGAGACCUUUAUUCCUUAAACACUGGAUCCUACAUUUACCAUUAUGCAACUGAAUAGUGUCCUCUUUAGACCCUUUCUGCCUUGUUAAUGUGUUCAAUUGUUAUAAAUAUGAUGUCCACAUCAUAUUUAUAACAAUAUGAUGUCCACAUCAUAUUUAUAACAGGCUUUCUGUGACCUACAGCCAAGCAAAUCUUCCCAUGGUCCUUCCUCCACUCCUUACAGUGGCUGUUAUAUAACAUAGUUACCUUGUGGUAGUCACGGGACAUUACUCCUGUAUGCUUUUGUUCCAGCUGAUACAGUUAAUCCCACUCAGACAUUAUAAUUGGUUUCACAACCAUACAGCACACAUAUUUGUUGUUAUUUCCCACUUAGGUUCAACUUAAUAUUAUUGCUUUCAACUAACCUAAAAUCAGUUGAAUUAAUACAACUAAUUAAAGUCAACGCUUCAGUUUUGUUCAGUGGAUUUUGUGACUUGAUUGAGACCUGAUUCUUCUCUGUAUUUCAGGUGUUGCCAUGGCUACUGCUGUCGCCCUGCUUGCCUCUGCUGCCUCGAUGCUUUAUCUCUAUGAUGUCUAAUUCAAACAUGCUCACAAACAUAAUAAAGAAUUUGUUUUAACAUUU